AUGGCCGUCUCUGAUCUGGAGGACUACGAUGUUUACAGUCACCUGUCAGAUGAAGAGCUGCUGCAGAUUGCUGUAGAGAGAAGCCUUGCUGACAUCCACCGUCCUCCAGGUUCUGACCAGAUCACAUCAUCAUCAUCAUCAUCCUCAGCCCCUGCUGCCCCGGCUGUCCUGGCUACCCCAACCCAAACAAACCCAAAUCCAAGACAGAGACAUGACCCCCCCAGGAACCUGUACUACGUACCUCCAUUACAACCUCCACCUUCAGACCCCCCAGAGGUCCCAAACUGUGCAAACCCCCCAACAGCCCUGUCGCAGUUUCUCUACAAGGGCUUCAAGAGAGAGGUCAGUCCUUUGCAGGCUCUGAUUAUGAAUGGAGAUGCUGAGGCUCUGAUGGAUUUGGUCAGAUGCAGGUCCAGCAGUCUGACAGACCCAGAUGAUGAAGGCUGGAUUGCUCUUCAUGAAGCUGCUUUUUAUGGACAGAUACAGUGUGUCCAGAUCCUGGUCAGAGCUCAUCCCGAUUCAGUUAACAAAUGCAAUUUGAAGAAUCAGACCGCUCUGCCCCUGGCUGCCGAGCGUGGAAAUGUUUCCUGUGUCGACUUUCUCCUGAAGCACGGAGCCGACCCAAACAUCGCCAACAAGGACCAAGAAACACCGCUGUUCACAGCCUGCCAGCAUCUGAAAGUAGCCAUUGUAGACCUGCUGCUGAAGUCUGGAGCUCAGGUAAAUCGCUGCUGCAGUCAGGGAUUAAGUGCCCUUCAUGAAGCCUGCAGACACGGAUGUCUGGAGCUCUGCAGGUUGUUGCUGGAGGCCGGAGCCAGUCUGCAAACCAAAAACAUCUACGGCAUCCAACCGUUCUUCACUGCCGCGCAGCACGGACACGUCGACGUCAUCCACCUGCUCGUAAAAAAUGGUGCAGAUAUAAAUGGACAGGCGGGAGAUGGAGCUUCGCCGCUGUACGAAGCCUGUAAGAACGGUCACGUUUCAGCUGUGGAGGCGCUACUCUCUCUGAGAGCUGACACCAACAGAUCCACCAAGUCCGGGCUGCUGCCUCUCCAUGUGGCCGUUCAGAACAAUCACAUACGAAUCGUGUCUUUGCUGAUCCCGGUCACCAGCAGUGUCAGAGUUCAGCGCAGCGGUAUCAGUCCUCUGCACAUCGCCGCAGAGAGGAACAGGGACGACAUCAUGGAGCUGCUGAUCAAGUCCGGCUUCAACGUCAACGCCAAGCUGUCGGAGGACCGCUCCAUGAUGUACGAGGACCGGAGGAGCACGCCACUCUACUUCUCCAUCUACAAUGGGAACCUGGAGGCUGCCGAGAUGCUGCUGGAGGCCGGAGCCGACCCCAACCUGGACAUCUUCAACCCGCUGCUCAUCGCCGUCCGGCUCGGCUGGAUGGACAUGACAAUGUUGCUGCUGAGGUACGGUGCCGAUGUUAAUGCCCAGAUCUCCACACAGCCGUCCUCCUUCCCUUCUGCCUUCCUGCUCAACAUGGAGUGUCUGCCAAUGCUCAAACUGUUGCUGGACCAUGGCUGUGAUGCCCGGCCCUGCUUCGACUGCCCGUAUGGCCACAAACCACAUCCGACCGCCACAGAGUCACGCCGUCCCUCUGAAAACAUGCAGCUCAACAGACAUGAGCCGGCAAGGCGCCAAAUUCAGUUCUGUGAGGCCGUCUCCAGCACGUCUUUCUAUCGUGUCACUGGUCCAAUCAUCUCAAUGCUGUUGGACUAUGUUAGUCACGUCCGUCUCUGCUCUCGUCUGCUUGAGGUUCUGGACAGUCACAGUGGCUGGGCGCCGAUCAAACUGAAAGCUCUUCCUCCUCACCCUCUGAUGCAGCUCUGUAGGCUGAAGAUCAGACGUCUGGUCGGAGUCCGUCGACUCAAACUGCUCCACACCCUGCCGCUUCCUGCCAGACUCAUCCGCUUCCUGCACUAUGACAUCCACUACUCACUCACCUGAAGCCACCUGAGUCACGUGAAGUGUAUGUUAACUUUACACAUAUUUACAUCAGAACAAAUUCUAUGUGCAAAUUAUACGUGUUGGUGUUUUUAACUGUGA